AUGCAGUCCCGCAUCAACCACAGACUCAGCGUGCUCGAGGCUCACAUCCAGCCCCAGCAAAACAGCGAGAUGGAGGGCCUCUCGGCCGCCUUCACCUCUGCCGUUGGCGUCAAGUCGCCUGAUGACAUCGUGAUCGUCAAGGCUGUGCGCACUGCCGUCGGCAAGGCCAAGCGUGGUUCGUUCAAGAACACCGGCCCCGACAACCUGCUCGCUCCCGUCCUCAAGCACCUCGUCCAGACCACCCCUCAGAUCAAGCCCGAGCUCUACGGUGACGUCGUCAUCGGAACCGUGCUCCCUCCUGGCGCUCAGGGUGCCACUGAAGUGCGCGUUGCUUCCCUGCUCGCGGGUCUGCCCGACAUUGUCCCGUGUACCACCGUCAACCGCCAGUGCUCGUCUGGCCUCCAGGCCAUCGCCAACGUCGCUUCGGCCAUCAAGGCUGGCUAUUACGAUAUUGGAAUUGCCGGUGGCGUCGAGUCCAUGUCCUCCAACUCCAUGGACAGGUGGGACGGCGGCAUCAACCAGGAAGCUCUCCAGCACCCCUCGGCCAAGGGCUGCUAUCUCAACAUGGGUCAGACCUCCGAGAACGUUGCCGAGCGGUAUGGCGUGUCGCGCGAGACGCAGGAUCAGUUCGCCGCUCUUUCGCACAAGAAGGCCGCCGAAGCCAUCAAGGCUGGCAAGUUCAGGGACGAGAUCGUCCCCGUGACUGUCACCGUCGAGGACGACAAGGGCAACAGCAAGACCAUCACCGUGAGCCAGGAUGAGGGCGUCCGUGCUGACACCACCGCCGAGAAGCUGGGCAAGCUGCGCCCCGUGUUCAAGGAGGGCGGUUCCACCACCGCUGGUAACUCGUCGCAGGUGAGCGACGGCGCCGCCGCGUGCAUCGUCACCAAGCGCUCCGUGGCCCAGAAGCUGGGUCUCCCGAUCUUCGGCGUGUUCAGGUCGUUCGCCGCCGUCGGCGUCGAGCCCGCCGUGAUGGGCAUCGGUCCCGCCGUCGCCAUCCCCGCCGCUGUCCAGAAGGCCGGCAUCUCGCUCCAGGACGUCGACGUCUACGAGAUCAACGAGGCCUUCGCCUCGCAGGCCGUCUACUGCGUGCAGAAGCUGGGUAUCCCCGUCGAGAAGGUCAACCCCAACGGCGGCGCGAUUGCCCUCGGCCACCCCCUCGGCUGCACCGGCGCCAGGCAGACUGCCACCCUCCUCAACGAGCUCAAGCGCCGCAACGCCCGCUUCGGUGUGGUGUCGAUGUGCAUCGGUUCGGGUAUGGGUGCCGCCGCUGUGUACGAGAGGGAGAACUAG